AGUUAAAAUGUAUCGCCGAGAGAAACCCCUUACGCUUAAAAGCAGUGCUUCGGCAUUAGCUAACAACCUAUCUGCACUUAUAACUCCAGAGAAGGACUCAUUGAAUUAUGCGGUCGUACAUAAAGCUGUGGUAAACAUUAUUUCCUCUACGCCUGACGGAUCGACAGUGACUAACAAGCAGGUGAUUUGUAAGGAACCAUCAGCGACUCACCAGACUACUCCAAUGAUUUUACAAUGUAAAUGGAUACAGUUACCAGUCAGGACAGUGCUAGUACUAACAACACUUCGGGGAAUACAGAUCUAUGAGUAUGAUGGAGCAGCAAUGAUAUAUUUCCAUGCCCUGGGCAAUGUUCACAGCUCUGAAGCAUCAGAGUAUGGUAAUUUUGGAAGAGGAAUAGCAUGUAUAGGUGAUAAUUUCCUGUGUGUCGGAACACAGUUGGGUGAGAUAGCAGUUUUUGAUAUUCCACCAAAAGGAACCAACAUUACCACGAAGGAAAGUUUGACAGGUCACAAACAACCAAUAUGUGACAUUGCCUCAGAAGGUAACACAAUGGUCAGUAGUGACGAACAAGGAAGCAUCAUUGUGUGGUCACUCCAGGAUGAAACAAGUAUACGACAGCGGGAAGUGAUCAAGGGUAAUGGUAAUCCCUGCAGCUGUGUGUGCCUUUGGAAGAAGAUAAUCGUAGGAGGAUUCAGCAAUGGUCAGUUAAAGGUAUACAGCGCUAACACAGGAAGACUAGCAGCCGAAGUGAGUGCCCAUGUACGUUGGGUUAACGCACUGGACAUAGCCAAGGACAGUGGACUGCUUCUGUCUGUGAGUGAUGAUACCAAUGCAAGGAUCUGGAAGUUGAAGCCAGGGGAUACACCUGAGAUUGAGUUUUGUUUUGGUGAGAGUGUCACAGACAUGCAGCUGUGUGGUGGACAGUUUGUACAUAAAGCAGGGAUGGGCUUCUGUGUCACAGGAUAUGACAGUUCAGACCUGGUUUUCUACCUCAAGAAAAACUAAUGUGUAAUAGAUCACCAACCAGAUUAACAAUACUACUCUUAGAAUGCUUGUAAUUGUGAGAUAAAUGGUUGCUGUGUUGAAUUCAGAGAUAAAUGUCAGUAAGGGUAUACAGGUCUAUUUUAUCAUUGAGAGAGCUGGAAAAUGUACAGUUACUCUAAUGAUGAUACUUUAAUGGUAAAUUCUGUAAGCUGUACAUGUACAAUACAUACUCUAACUAAGUUUAAGUUACAAAAUGUAGAAUUAUACAUGCACUAUAACAGCUUUUAUUUUCAAGUUGCUCAGUUUUCAAUUAAUGACUAGGAUAAA